CACGUCCCAUGUACGAGACCGGAUUGUGUGCUCCCGGGUUGUGUAAAUCUGAAGUUACAGACUAUGAACAACAACACUAGAAAGACAAAGAUGCAUGGAAAUGGGCCUAAAUCAAGGUGAGGCUACGUAUUUCCGGAAAAGUUCUGAAGGUACCAUCCAUUCAUCGUACUUAUACGACUGAUAAUGAAUUGUGCUUUGACUAUUCUCUGUGCAUGGAAGUCUUCAUGCUUCGAAGGGAUUCACGAAUCUUAUUACUAUUGAUUUUAUUCGAAAAACACGAUUAUGUUGGUGUACCUGUCCUCUCCGCNGGUCAAGUGCUCAACUUCCUAUAACAGGCGAUGGAGUUAACAUUUACAACUUAUUCUUAUGUCAAAACAGUUUGACUUUAUAGGGAGUAUGUUCUCCGCGACAAAUAGAAAGAACAUGCCACCACGAUUCCUGCGGGAUUCCCCUGCUACGAUACGCCAGCCUACCGUACACGUCCCAUGUACGAGACCGGAUUGUGUGCUCCCGGGUUGUGCAAAUCUGAAGUUACAGACUAUGAACAACAACACUAGAAAGACAAAGAUGCAUGGAAAUGUGCCUAAAUCAAGGUGAGGCUACGUAUUUCCGGAGAAGUUUUGAAGGUACCAUCCAUUCAUCGUACUUAUACGACUGAUAAUGAAUUGUGCUUUGACUAUUCUCUGUGCAUGGAAGUCUUCAUGCUUCGAAGGGAUUCACGAAUCUUAUUACUAUUGAUUUUAUUCGAAAAACACGAUUAUGUUGGUGUAUCUGUCCUCUCCGCAUCCGAAAAUUGAUUCAAUAUUUAAAUUUUAGCAGAAAACUAUUUUCGCGGAAGAAAUUUAACUUUCCGCAUAGCUCUAUCACCAUACGUCAAGACGCUCGAGAUUUGCGCAGCAGAUGAGAUGAGAGAUGAGAUGAUGAUUUGUUAAACUCAGCUCUCAGCUCUGUUUUACAUGACAUGAAGGUUAAAUUUAGAUAGGCAGUACAAUUAAGGAAAAAAAGAAAACUUGUAACAACAAAAUAGAGAGCGAGUUGGGAUCAUCCAUCUAGUGGAUGACCCCUGCAAUAAAAUACAAUUACAGACAGAAUUAAGAAUAUAUCUAUUCUAUAAACAGGAUUUCUUCAUGCGCUAAGGAAGAGAAUUAAUUAGAAUAACAAUUGAGGAUAGCGUUCUUAAGGGUUUUACGAAAUAUUCUACGAGAAUUUGAAUUAGUUAUACUUGUAGGCAAGGAGUUCCAAAGACGAGGACCAGUGAAUUUUAGGGAGCGUAAGCCAUAUUGGGUGGUAUUAACUGAGGCUACAUAUAAAUUUCUAUUACAUAAUUGCCGCGUUGAAUAGCAAUGAACCGAAAAGGUAAAUUUGAAAUAUUCACUGAAACGGGGGGUGGGGGGUAACAGUCUGCGUGACUAAUGAUAAACAAAAGAGAGUAUCUGUGAUUCAAUGACAUUAUUGAGCUUACGCAGGGUGAGAGCAACCUCGUUCCCAGGGUUCUCUCCCACUCGCUCCGGAGGGCGGGUAGGAGAGAACUCUGGGAACGAGGUUGGGUUGAGAGAUUUGAACAGACGCUCAGAAUGGGAUUUUGGUCCAGAGAAAGAUUUUUUUAAUAGUCGUUUAUUUACACAUGAUACAGUCACAAAAUUUUAAAACAAAAAGAAAGUAUAUAACAGUAUUACAGAUUGGACCAAAUUACAUAAAAGCGAAAACGCAAUAGCAUUAGACCUGUUAAUUAACAGAUUAUUCCGGUAAGUUGAAUUCUUACUAAUUGAAGAAGGCAGUUUUUCGAAGUCAUACCUCCAACUGAUUUUAUCCUUGAAUUCAUCCAAAGAUAAAUCUUUAGGUGCUAACUUAUUUAUGUGCAAGUAAUAUUACGAAAUAAAGUAGAGUAUCUGUGAUCCUCUAGAUUUUUUCUUCGUUCUAAAAAAAACUGGCGCCUGCCUAGUACGCAGAAUAGGAAUCUUCCAGUUAACGUGUUUAUAUAUUUAUUUAAAUCACCAGCUGCAUCGCUCAAAACACAGAGAUGGGGUUAACUGCUGCAGGACAAAAUGCGGCUAGUUUAUGGGAUCAGGAUCUAAUAGACAUCUUAAACAUUCUGGGCGAUGAAAACAACCUCAUCCCUUUCAACUUGUCAGAGAACGAUCUGCUCAGUAUCCUUGAUGGAGGUGGUGACCAGGUGUUUUCUCCCUCACAAAUAACUGGUGAACUGGAGCUAAGAACUCUACAAGCUGCUCCAAGUAUUCACAACACACCCUCUGAUCAAACAAAAGUGCAAAAUCAGCCCGUCAUGCAGUUUCAGAGAACCCUCAGUCUGGGAACCAGGAUGAAAUCGAAUGACUCUGUUCUGCUGGAAAACGCCGAGCAAGUGGGGAUUGGACAAGCUUUUUCAGGCCAAGAUACAGGUACUGUCCACAUCGACGUCAUAGCCAACACCACUCAAGCAACCAACCAAUCUCCAAGCAAACGUAACACCCCAUACGAUAUGAAUGGUACCGUGCCAAAAACAGGAGCAAGCCCACGUGGCGUAAAACGCUCCACAGAUAAUCGGUUAAGAGAAAUAGAAAGUACUGAGAAAAAGACAAUUGGGGAUAAUACUCAGGCUAGGAAAAAGUUUAGAAAUCCUACUCAAUCAACAAACAACUUAUUUCGGAUCCUUGGCUUGAUCCUGCAAGCCUUUAAAAGUCCGCUGACAAGCGAUCUCGAGGAACAUUAUAUACGUGUGCUAAAUAGAGCGCUUUUUGAGAUCCGCAAUGCCCAUCGAUUUCUGCAGUAA